AUGGCGUCCUUCGCAACGGAGGAUGAGAGUGUCGCCGACCUCUUCGUCCAGCCAAACUUCUGGAAGUCGUCUAUGCUGCUAGACUCACCUACGCCCAUCGCGAAGGAUUUCUUUGAUCUUUCCGACACAACCAGAGUUAAUCCCAUUGUGAGCGAUGUACUGGGCCUUCCGGAUGAUGGAUAUUUCAAGCUUCCCCCAGAUCUCAACACUGCGUCCACGCCUGAAGAUACAGCGGACGAAGAGGCAGGAAACACCAACAAUGAGCCUUUGAAAAGCCCAGGCCCGGACUCCGAUGUGGACCCGUGGAUGUUCCCUCAAGAUGCUACCCAAAAGGCUGCGGAUCUCAAGACGUGGGAUGGCUUCGAUAUCCCUGAGGCGCAUCUCAAGCCGACAGCUUUCAUCACAGAAGCUGGUACGGAUCCGCUCAUCAUCAAGAUCAAGAGGACGACGAGUGACGCAGAUCUACUGUCUCUAAUUUACAAUGAGGCCCAGUCUGCAGAGAUAAGUGAGCCAGUCCUGAGAGACACUAUGGGUCAGAUCCUUCGAAUCGUCUCGACGCCAUGGACUGAAUUUGUUGAAGAAUGGAUUGGGCUGAAGCCGGAAGAGGGCACGCGGAUCAACAAAUCUGGCCCGGGAAAAGCCUUCGUCAAAGUUGAAAACAACAUGUGGAUAGACGACCAAGGAUUCGAGCUGGAAGAACCCGAUUAUUUCUUGGACUCGGACAACAUGCCUAGUUUCAUCCCUGAUGAUGUUGCUCAGGUGAUUUUCGAGACUGGGCGGAACCUUCGCUUUCUACAGGAGAGCCACCCUCAGCAUCCGAUGGCGUCAAUCGAUGGCGUCAGCUCAGCCACUGUGCCGAGACUUGAAUGGCAGUAUGACUGGGAGUCCAUCACGAGGGUCGAAGAAAAGGCGCUUGAAUAUCAACGUGCCGUGCUAGAGCUGCUCCAGCAGACGCGAGAUAGCAGUGGAAGCACUGCACAACAGCCACACAACAGUGUUAUGGUCCAUGAUGACAAGCUGCUCCAAGUCUUUGGCAAAGAUGAGCAGGAUCUUCAACAAACUGUGCUGGCCUCGAUUGCGAGCUUAGAUCGACCGAUCGAGAGGAAGGAGACAUGGAACCAAUUAUCCGAAAUUCUCAGAGGGAAUCUGUUUGACAGCCAAGGGCAGCAAGCAUCCACCACAGUUGCUGAGUUCAGCCCUCACUGGUCGCUACUGCCGUUACUAUCCUUCGGACCGAUGGUGUACGCUCAAGCUCGUCUAAUCAAUCGCGAAUGCCUGCGGUUGUUGUUUAGUGAACAUGGCUUGCGGAAGCAUCUCGCACUCCAGAGGGCGUUCCAACUCUUUGGCAACGGCAUGUUCUCAAGCCGUUUGACGAACGCGCUGUUCAAUUCUGAUAUGGAGACGACUGAGAGACGGUCGGGCAUUUCCAGAUCUGGCGUCACCAUGGGCCUACGCCUGUCGAGUCGUGAGAAUUGGCCACCGGCAAGCUCAGAGCUGCGGCUUGCGCUCAUGGGCGUGCUCACAGAAAGUUACCAGCAAGAGACCGGCACCGAUAACAACGGGCUACCCGGGGACCUCAGCUUCGCCAUCCGGGAGCUGUCGACUGAGGAGAUGGAGAGAUGCAUGGAUCAGGGGUCCCUCGAGGCCCUCGACUUCCUGCGGAUGUCUUACAAGCCUCCGCAGGCGCUGGCCCCAGUCAUUACGCCGGCGUCACUUGUAAAGUAUGAUCGGAUCUUCAAGCUCAUGCUUCGCGUCUUGCGCAUGCUGUUUGUGGUGGACCAGCUCUUCCGCGACAUUGCCCUAAAGACAUCACACUGGGCAAACCUCGACGAUGUGUGUGUGCGCUUCCGCGUGGAAGCCCACCACUUUGUCACAAAUCUUGCCCGCUACUUCUUCGACACAGGCAUCGACCAGCCAUGGCGCCGUUUUCAGACGUGGCUGGACAAGAUUGAGAAGGGGCUCCAGGACAGCGGUCUUGACAAGAACUCCGCAAUCGUGAGCCCAAAGAGGCUUGGAGAGGAGCACGAGCGGACCCUCGACGAUAUAGCCCAAGCGCUCCUCCUGAGGAAGCGGCAGCAACCAGUCCUCAAACUACUGGAGGAGAUUUUUACGCAAAUCCUGCGAUUUGCCAGACAAUCACGGCUACGUGCACCCAGCGACGAUGACUCGGUCGAAAUCAAGAAGCUGUACAAGGCCUUCCGCGAGAAGGUUGAGAUCUUCAUUACUGUAUGUAGAGGCAUGGGCGAGAAGGCUGGGUCGAGGAAUGACAGGGAGUCCAGUGGGCGCUCGCAGGAGAGCGCACUUGCGAUGCUCGUGCUCAUGCUCGACAUGUCGAACUAUUACACGAAGCGCUAG